AAUCUAUGGUGUAACCUUAUUGCAGUUGUCAAAGAGUAAAAUAACUUGCUUUAAACAAGCAGUUGUUCACUUGUUCUCACUUGCAAUUUAUACGUGACUCAAAACCUUAAUAUUUUUUGUACGAGUGCCUUAUACGUAAACAACCAUAAUGGAUACAUCACUGACAGGCGAUGAAAUAAGACAAGCUUUCAUAGAUUUUUUUAUUGAGAAAGGUCAUAAAUAUGUUCAUUCUUCGUCUACAAUACCAUUGGAUGAUCCUACCUUACUAUUUGCAAAUGCUGGCAUGAAUCAAUUCAAACCAAUAUUUUUAGGAUCUGUGGAUCCAAACUCAGAUAUGGCUCAGUAUGUAAGAGUCGUCAACACCCAAAAAUGUAUAAGGGCUGGUGGAAAACACAAUGAUUUAGAUGAUGUUGGCAAAGAUGUUUACCACCAUACGUUUUUUGAAAUGAUGGGAAAUUGGUCUUUUGGUGACUACUUUAAAAAAGAAAUCUGUGCAUGGGCUUGGGAACUCCUUACUCAAGUAUACAAACUAUCUGGGGAUAGAUUAUAUGUAACAUAUUUUGGAGGAGAUGUAAAAUCUGGAUUGGAACCAGAUUUGGAAUGUAAAGAUAUUUGGCUAAAGUUAGGAUUACCUGAAUCCCAUAUAUUACCUGGUAGUAUGAAAGAUAACUUCUGGGAAAUGGGUGAAACAGGACCAUGUGGACCAUGUUCUGAAUUACAUUAUGACAGAAUAGGUGGAAGAGAUGCUGCCCAUCUUGUUAACAUGGACGACCCUGAUGUACUUGAAAUUUGGAACUUGGUUUUCAUUCAGUUUAAUAGAGAAACAGAUGGAAGUUUGAAGUUACUGCCUAAAAAACACAUUGAUUGUGGUUUAGGAUUAGAAAGAUUAGUGUCUGUGAUUCAAAAUAAAAGAGCAAAUUAUGAUACUGAUUUUUUUAUGCCUAUAUUUAAAGCUAUUGAAAACGGCACUAAAGUGAGACCUUACACUGGUAAAGUUGGUGCAGAUGACACAGAUGGUAUUGAUAUGGCUUAUCGAGUACUGGCUGAUCAUGCCAGAACUUUAACGAUCGCGUUAUCUGAUGGUGGUCACCCUGAUAACACGGGAAGGGGUUACGUACUACGGAGAAUUUUAAGAAGAGCAGUUCGGUUUGCUUCAGAAAAACUGAAUGCAAAACCAGGAUUUUUUGGAUCAUUGGUGUAUACUGUUGUGAGUUUAUUAGGUGACGUGUUCCCUGAAAUCAAAAAAGACCCAGACUCUAUAGUUCAAACCAUUAAUGAAGAAGAGAUACAGUUUUUGAAAACUUUAACACGUGGUCGUAAUUUGCUUAAUAGAACGAUAGAAAAACUUGGUGAUUCCAAAUCUGUACCUGGAGAUAUAGCUUGGCGGAUGUAUGAUACAUAUGGCUUCCCCAUAGAUUUAACGCAAUUAAUGUGUGAAGAAAAGCAGUUAGUUAUAGAUAUGGAAGGUUAUGAAAAGGCUAAGAAGGAAUCCCAAUUAUCAUCUCAAGGGAAAAAUGUAGGUCAGGAGGAUUUACUAGCAUUAGACAUACAUGCCAUAAGUUAUCUACAAGAAAGUAGUGUGCCUGUUACGGAUGAUUCCCCUAAAUAUAACUACGUCCCAUCUUCAACUGAUAAAGACGCUGAAUAUAAAUUUGCUCCAUGCACUGCUAAAGUGUUAGCUUUACGUAGACAAAAGCAAUUUGUUAAUGAGGUCACAAGUGGCCAGGAUUGUGGUGUUAUUUUAGACUGUACUAGUUUUUACGCUGAACAGGGAGGACAAAUAUUUGAUGAAGGUUACAUGGUAAAAUCUGAUGAUGAAAGUGUAGAGUUCACAGUUAAUAAUGUACAGGUAAAAGGAGGAUAUGUCCUGCAUAUUGGUAAAAUUGAAGGUACACUUAAAGUUGGGGAUUCAUUAAAAUUGUAUAUAGACACAGAAAGACGAAGACUAGUCAUGAAUAAUCACACAGGAACACAUAUACUUAAUAAUGUUUUAAGAAAAGUUCUUGGUAAUGAUUCUGAUCAACGUGGAUCUCUAGUCAUGCCAGAUCGCCUCAGAUUUGAUUUUACUAAUAAAGGUCCUAUGACAGUUAAACAAAUAAAAGAUGCAGAAAGUGAAAUUAAAUCAAUUAUAAACGAUAACAAGCGCGUUUACGCAAAGCAUACCAGUUUAAGUGAAGCAAAGAAAAUCAAAGGACUUCGUGCUAUGUUUGAUGAACACUACCCAGAUCCAGUUCGUGUCGUGUCAGUUGGCAUUCCAGUAGAAGAGUUGGAAAAGAAUCCUGAUGGGCCCAAUGGUUUCGAAACUUCUGUUGAAUUUUGUGGUGGCUCUCAUUUACACCAGACUGGUCAUAUAGGAGAAUAUGUUAUUGUUAGCGAAGAAGGUAUUGCCAAAGGUAUCCGAAGGAUUGUGGCUUUAACAGGUCCUGAAGCUAUAAAAGCUAAUAAUAAAAUGAGCAUGUUGGAAAAUGAAGUAAAUAAUAUCGCUAAUUUCAUUAAAGAACAAGGCGAAAAUAUUAAUCAGAAAGAAAUUGUUAAAAAAAUCGUAGAUCUUACAAAUGAUGUUUCUCAAGCUCAAAUUUCAUACUGGAAAAAAGAGGAACUAAGAACAAUGCUUAAAAAUCUAAAGAAACAGUUAGAUGACAAAGAACGAGCUGCUAAAGCAAUGACAAUCAACUUAGUGAUAGAAAAAGCUAAAGAGUUAUGUUUGGGUGAUAAAUGUUCGGAAAUAAUUGUAACAGAUCUGAAUGCCUACAAUAACACAAAAGCAUUAGAUGGUGCUUUAAAACAAGUUAAACAGCUACAGCCUAAUACAGCUGCAAUGUUUUUCUCUGUUGAUGAAGAUUCAAAUAAAAUAUUUUGUUUGGCAGCUGUACCUAAAAGUCUAAAUGAAAAAGGUUUAGUGGCAUCUGAAUGGGUUCAAUCUGUUGUGCCCGUAAUUGGAGGUAAAGGAGGUGGAAAAGCAGAAUCUGCGCAAGCCUCUGGAAACAAUGUUAAGGCUUUAGAUGAAGCAAUGAAGAUAGCCCGCGAAUUUGCUAAUUCUAAAUUACAUAACUAAAAUCGCCAUUACUUUUUAUUAAAUCCUCGUUUUUCUACACUGAAAAUAAUAUCGUAACUUUUAUUGCUAUUAUGAAUAGAUUAUAUAUGGAAUUCUACUAAGAGUACAGUUUCUGAAAAAUA